UCUUAGACUCUAGAGAGAGAAACCUAAAUUGUGAAUAAAAGUUGUGUAAUGGAAAGGCACAAAUGUAAGCUUUGUUCCAAAGUAUUCUUAAAUGGUAGAGCUUUGGGUGGUCAUAUGAGGUCCCACUUAGCCGCUUUUCCUCUAGCUCUUAAGAAAAAACCUCCACAUAAGUCUGAGUCUGAAUCAGAGUCAAUCCAGUCUCUGAUCAGUAAACGCGGAUCAGAGGCUCAUCAGUUGUUUGAUGAAGGGUCAGGAGUAGUUCAAGACAGGGAGAGCGAGACUGAGUUAACUCACAAUCUAACUCGGAAACAACUCAAGAAGUCAAUGUUAGCUAGGAAAUGGAUGACCAAGUCUGACUCAAUGACUGAGUCAACUCUGGUGAGUUCAAUAUCUGAGACUAGUCAAGAUGAAGAGGUUGCACUCUGCUUAAUGAUGCUUUCAAGGGAUGUAUGGGUUAGAGUAGUGAGAUCAGUGGAAGAUGACUCGGCCGAGUCAAGUGCUCGGGUGACUCAGAAAGAAAGGUUCAAGAGCUUGAGUUGUAAGAAAAGAAAGAGGGCACAAACUAAAAAGGGGUUGCAAGAAGUAAUUUCAAACAAGGAUAAUAAAAAGAUUUUUGAAUGCCCAUUUUGUUUAAAAGUAUUUGGGUCGGGUCAAGCUCUUGGUGGGCAUAAAAGAUCUCAUCUUUUGGGAUCAUCAUUGGGCAACAAUAGUAGUGUUGCUUCUAAUGCUUGCAAUUCUGAAAAUGGUGUUGAUGAUAUUACCAUUUUGGAUCUCAACUUGCCUUGCACUUGUUAAGUUGAAGAUGAUGAGCAUUUUUUCCAUGAUAGCAAGUAUCAUAUUUUUUAGACGAGAUUUGAAUUUGAUUUUCAUUUAUCUCUUUCUAGCCUGACUAUCAUAUAAAAAAAUUGAUACGACCUACUCCUUUUAACAAAAAACUAUUUCAAUUUUUAUAUUAAUAAUGCAAUAUUUAUUUUCAAAUAUUUAUGUGGUGGAUUGGAGUAAAGUUCUAGUGUUAUCAUGUAAAUAAAUUGUC